AUGACAGGAAGCAUGACGAAGAGAGUCCCUAUCCCCAAGAAUGGAGUCGACUACCGCGGCAAAGUCGUCCUCGCCCCAAUGGUCCGCAGCGGAGAAUGCCCAUCGCGACUGAUGGCCUUGAAGUAUGGCGCUGACCUUGUAUGGGGUCCUGAGACCAUCGAUAAAGCCCUCAUCGGCACCACUCGCCGUGUCAACACCGUCACAAAUACCGUCGACUUCACCCGCCUCUCGUCCAAUGGCUCAAAGAACCCGGACGUCAACCCCUCACAGCGCGAAAGCGUCAUAUACCGAUUAUAUCCUUCGCGCGAAGGUCGCCAACUGAUCCACCAAAUCGGCACUUCCGACCCGGAAAGAGCUGUCGCGGCUGCCAAACUGAUCGCUGGAGAUGUGGCCGGCAUCGAUGUGAACGCAGGAUGCCCCAAGCCAUUCAGUACUCUCGGAGGUAUGGGUGCUGCUCUACUCAAGACGCCAGAUAAGCUAGUCGCCAUCCUCGAAGCACUGGUGAAGGAAGUAGGAACACCUUUCGAGAUCGGCAUCAGUGUCAAGAUCCGCAUACUGGAGAACCCCGAGGACACGGCAGCACUCGUACGAAGAUUGGUUGCUACAGGUAUCACUGGUCUCACAUUGCAUUGUCGCACAACACCCAUGCGACCACGCGAGAGCGCCAUCCGCGAUCAACUGCGCAUGGUCGGCGAGAUCUGCCACGAAGCAGGCGUCGCAUGCCUAAUGAACGGCGAUGUAACAAGCAGAGACGAAGCUCUGAAGCUAGCAGAAGAAUACGGAGUCGACGGUGCCAUGAUCGCGACAGCUGCCGAGACAAAUCCCUCAUGCUUCCGCGCCGAAAAGGAUGGUGGCAUGGCACCCUGGGAUCAGGUGGUCAAGGAGUAUGUCACAACCGCCUUGGAAGUCGAAAACAGAUGGGGCAACACAAAAUACCUUCUCGGUCAAAUGAUUCCUGGCAGAGCAAAAGAAUACCGUCCCAUGAACCAAGCAAAGAGCUACACCGAUCUGGUCGAGAUUAUGGGAUACGAUGAAGAAUUUGCCAAACGAGCUCGCGAGGUGGAUGAGAAACUUGAGAUCAGCUUCGGCAAGAAAGAGACGAGAUCGGAGAGAAAGCAAAGAGGCAACCAUGCCAAGAAGGAGAAGAAAGUGGAAGCAAAGGAGGCAGAGGAGACGGCCUCGUUGAAGCGUAAAGCAGAUGACGCCGAGCUCAGCGUACCCCCGGAAGCCAAGCGCAAGGCAGAAGAUGCUCCACCCGAGAUGCCACUGGACGUUUCAAGGUCUGAAGCUCCUGGAUCAGUGACCACCGAGCAAGUACUCGCAGUGUAG